CAAGACACGGUAAGGCACGGCACGGUACGGUACGGUAGCACACGGGAGCAGCGGACCGGUGAAUGCGGUCCUCAACACGGGACACUGUCGCAGACACCAUUUUCGGAGGUAACCGGACCCUCAGACUGAGCUCCAUCCCUGGGAGAAGAGGACUCAGGCUCGCCGCAGCACAUUUCCCGUCAUUCCCGUGAAGAAAAAGCCUUGAGGGGGACUCGGCGGCCGGUAGCUGUCGGUAGCCGUCCGGGUGUGAAUCCACCGCUGUCAGUUAUCAAACUCCUCGCUCCGUCCGAAGUCCCGACAGCCCCAGAGAGCCUGCCGGCCGGUGCAGCAGUGUUUCGGAGAAGCUGAGCGGGAAGCAGCCGUGUGUCCGCCAUGGAGAACGCUCACACCAAGAGUGUGGAAGAAGUUUACAGUUAUUUCUGCGUCAAUGAGAGCACAGGACUUUCUCUGGACGAGGUGAAGCGACAGCGGGAGAAAUGGGGCCUAAACGAGCUACCAGCAGAGGAAGGGAAAUCUUUAUGGGAGCUCGUGCUUGAGCAGUUUGAAGAUUUACUCGUUCGCAUUCUUCUGCUGGCUGCAUGUAUAUCAUUUGUCCUGGCCUGGUUUGAGGAGGGAGAAGAAACUAUCACAGCGUUUGUGGAGCCUUUUGUAAUUUUACUGAUUCUUAUAGCGAACGCUAUCGUCGGUGUGUGGCAGGAACGCAAUGCUGAGGAUGCCAUUGAGGCACUUAAGGAGUAUGAGCCUGAGAUGGGCAAAGUGUACCGGCAGGACAGGAAAACUGUGCAGAGGAUCAAAGCCAGAGACAUUGUUCCUGGUGACAUCGUGGAGGUUGCUGUUGGAGACAAGGUGCCUGCUGACAUCCGUAUCUGUUCAAUCAAAUCAACAACUCUGCGAGUAGACCAGUCCAUUCUGACCGGCGAAUCUGUCUCUGUCAUUAAACACACCGACCCUGUGCCUGACCCUCGGGCUGUCAAUCAAGACAAAAAGAACAUGCUCUUCUCUGGUACCAACAUUGCUGCUGGGAAGGCCGUGGGUGUGGUUGUUGCCACUGGGGUGAACACAGAAAUCGGUAAGAUCCGUGACGAGAUGGCGGCCACUGAGCAGGAGAAGACGCCCCUGCAGCAGAAGUUGGACGAAUUUGGCCAGCAGCUGUCUAAGGUCAUUUCCAUUAUCUGCAUCGCCGUAUGGAUCAUCAACAUUGGACACUUCAACGACCCCGUCCAUGGAGGCUCCUGGAUCCGUGGGGCUGUGUACUACUUCAAGAUUGCCGUGGCAUUGGCCGUGGCUGCCAUCCCUGAGGGUCUUCCUGCCGUCAUCACCACCUGUCUGGCCCUGGGCACUCGCCGCAUGGCCAAAAAGAAUGCCAUCGUCCGCAGCCUGCCCUCCGUGGAGACCCUGGGCUGCACCUCCGUCAUCUGUUCUGACAAAACUGGAACCCUGACGACCAACCAGAUGUCUGUCUGCAGAAUGUUCGUUAUCAACAAAGCUGAAGGUGACAGCUGCUCUCUGUCAGAGUUCACCAUCACAGGUUCUACCUACGCACCUGAGGGAGAAGUGUACCAUGAUGGGAAACAAGUGAAAACCUCCCAGUAUGAUGCAUUGGUUGAACUGGCCACUAUCUGUGCCCUGUGUAACGACUCCUCUCUGGACUUCAACGAGGUGAAGGGUGUGUACGAGAAGGUCGGCGAGGCCACGGAGACGGCGCUGACCUGUCUGGUGGAGAAAAUGAACGUCUUUGACACCGAAGUCCACAACCUGUCCAAGAUUGACAGAGCCAACGCCUGCAACUCGGUGAUCAAACAGCUGAUGAGAAAGGAGUUCACUCUGGAGUUCUCCAGAGACAGAAAGUCCAUGUCGGUCUACUGCACCCCCAACAAGUCCCGUUCUUCCAUUGGCAAGAUGUUUGUUAAGGGAGCCCCAGAGGGAGUCAUUGACAGAUGCACUCACGUCAGAGUGGGCAACAACAAAGUUCCUCUCAGUCAAGGCAUAAAGGAAAAGAUCAUGUCUGUUAUCCGUGAGUACGGGACAGGUCGUGACACCCUAAGGUGCUUGGCUCUGGCCACACGAGACAGCCCACCCAAAAUGGAUGACAUGAUACUGUCUGACACCGCCAAAUUUUCAGAGUAUGAGUCCGACCUCACCUUCGUCGGCUGCGUCGGCAUGCUGGACCCUCCCAGACAGGAGGUGGCUGCUUCUAUCAAGCUGUGCCGUCAGGCUGGCAUCCGCGUCAUCAUGAUCACUGGGGACAACAAGGGCACAGCUGUGGCUAUCUGCCGCCGCAUUGGUAUUCUGACUGAGGAGGAUGAUGUCGAGCGCAUGGCCUUUACCGGACGUGAGUUCGACGAACUCUCACCCUACACUCAACGGGAGGCUGUGACUCAUGCCCGCUGUUUCGCCCGCGUCGAACCUUCCCACAAGUCCAAGAUCGUUGAGUUUCUGCAGGGAUUUGACGAGAUCACUGCUAUGACAGGUGAUGGAGUGAACGAUGCUCCUGCCCUGAAGAAGGCAGAGAUCGGCAUCGCUAUGGGCUCUGGCACUGCCGUGGCCAAGUCAGCCUCUGAAAUGGUCCUCGCCGAUGACAACUUCUCUUCCAUAGUGGCUGCUGUCGAGGAGGGCAGAGCUAUUUACAACAACAUGAAGCAGUUCAUCAGAUACCUUAUCUCCUCCAACGUUGGUGAGGUCGUCUGCAUCUUCCUUACUGCAGCUCUGGGCUUCCCUGAGGCACUGAUCCCAGUUCAGCUGCUCUGGGUCAACCUGGUGACAGACGGUCUUCCUGCCACGGCCCUGGGCUUCAACCCCCCGGAUCUGGACAUCAUGGAGAAGCCUCCUCGCAAUGCGAAGGAGCCCCUGAUCUCUGGCUGGCUCUUCUUCAGAUACCUGGCCAUUGGAGGCUAUGUGGGUGCUGCCACUGUGGGGGCUGCUGCUUGGUGGUUUACAGUGUCUGAAGAUGGACCGCAGCUCACGCUGUACCAGCUGAGCCACUUCCUGCAGUGUGGCCCCGACAACCCAGAAUUUGACGGCUUGGAUUGCCACGUGUUUGAGUCUCCGUACCCGAUGACCAUGGCCCUGUCUGUGCUCGUUACCAUCGAGAUGUGCAAUGCUUUGAACAGCCUGUCAGAAAACCAGUCUCUGCUGCGGAUGCCUCCCUGGGAGAACAUUUGGCUGCUGGGGGCCAUCUGCCUCUCCAUGUCUCUCCACUUCCUGAUUCUUUAUGUGGAACCUCUGCCGGUCAUCUUCCAGAUCACCCCUCUGGAUACAACCCAGUGGAUGAUGGUGCUGAAGAUCUCGCUGCCUGUCAUCCUGCUGGAUGAGCUGCUAAAGUUUAUGGCCAGGAACUACUUGGAUUUUGCAAAGGCCAAGUAAGCCCACCUCUACUCUAAAUUCCUUGCAGAAACUUUGGUUUGGUUUUGUGUUGUGCAUGUGUGUUUUGGGCAGCACAUCUUACUAAGAGCUGCAUGUCAGUGAAGUGAUACAAUGACAGGAGCUCAUCAAGUUCAUACAUGAUUUUUAUAGAACGGCCAUAAACAAAUGUCUGAUGGAAACUAGCCAGUCCCACCUCGUCAGUCCUUCCAUCCUCCUGCAUGAAGAGCCUUCGAUUAUGACACAAUCUCAUGCCAUCUUUUUAGACUAAGAUCUUAGUACCGUGUACAGUCAAUUGUACAUUAUUCCUUGGUGCAUGUCCGCUCAGUCAGCCAUCUGUUUUACCAGACUUCUGUUAUAGACAAUGUAUGGUAUUGGUAAAUAGAUUAGACAUUCGUCAGAUAGUACAACUGUUAAAUAAGCUCAAAAACACAGUUCAUCUUUCCUAAGGAAAUACUUUUAUGGGAUAUUUAAAAACCAAACAGACUUUUUUUUUUUUUGCUUUGCACUGAGAUGUGCAACAUGUUUGGAGCAGAUUUUGCCACAUCUGGGAAGGCAGAUGUGCAGCAAUGCACAUGUUUCACCAUGAGAAAGGCAGGCAGUCCCUCCUCUGGCAUUUUUUGCCAAACUGCUGUACUGUAUUUUCAGAGAUGAUUGUACAAUGUAUCACAUGAACUUUGGUUUCAGGUAAAUAAAGCUGUCAUACAUGAAGAGUUUA